AUGGUCAGCUCCCGUUGUGGCUCUGUCUGCUCUGAGGAAGGCUGUGGCCAAGGCUGCUGCCAGCCCAGUUGCUGCCAGCCCACCUGCUGUAGGCCCACCUGCUGCAGGCCCACCUGCUGUGUGUCCAGCUGCUGCAGACCCAGCUGCUGUCAGUCUGUGUGCUGCCAGCCCACCUGUUGCCGCCCCAGCUGCUGCCGCCCCAGCUGCUGCAUUUCUAGCUGCUGCAGGCCUUCCUGCUGCCGCCCCAGCUGCUGUGUGUCCAGCUGUUGUAGACCCAGCUGCUGCAGACCCCAGUGCUGCCAGUCUGUGUGCUGCCAGCCUACCUGCUGCCGCCCCAGCUGCUGCAUUUCUAGCUGCUGCCAGCCUACCUGCUGCCGCCCCAGCUGCUGCAUUUCCAGCUGCUGCAGGCCUUCCUGUUGCCGCCCCAGCUGCUGUGUGUCCAGCUGCUGCAGGCCCCAGUGCUGCAUCUCCAGCUGCUGCCGCCCCAUCUGUUGCCAAACUACCUGCUGCCGGACCACCUGCUGCCGCCCAGCAUGCUCUAGCUGUUCCUGCUGCUGA